AGAAUCUACCAUGCAUCCGAAUUCCGAAAUUACACGAAACAAGGCCCAACCAAACUUUGAAGCGUAACCAGAACAAAAUGAACAAGAACAAACAAAGGCUAUAUUAGCAACCCAUCCAGAACUGGAAACGAGGUGUGCGAGAGGAGAACGACCCCCGAGACGCUAAUCUUUAUAAAAUGAUGCCCGGUUUUCGAAGCCCCCAGCCUAAGGAACUGAGGCUCCCCAAGUCAAAAGAAAAAGGCAGUGGGCAACUACUAUAUUAAUGAAACCCCGUUACCCUAAAAAGCAGCAAAGCAGUGGAUGGAGGCCCCAUCCCGCGUGGGAGAUCGCGUUUGCAUCGCGGGAGGAGCGACAACAAGGUGCGUGGCCUUUUGCACGAGAGGCCGAAGCGAGGAAGAACAGCGCGAAUCAGACCGACGCCCCAUGUCCCAAUCCCCCCGCCGUUAUCUCCUUGGCAGAACCCGAUGCCCUCCUCGAUACCACCCCACCCUUCUCUUCCCUCCUUACACCAAUCCCCCAUCCCUUGUAUUAUUAAUCCCCUUGCCACUGCUCUCUUCCAGCCUCGCUCUCCUCUUCCUCCCCUUCUACUCCCUCGAGUUACACCAAUAAACCCAUGCGCAGAGCCAUUUCCCCUUGUUUUUUCUGAUGGCGUCCUCCUCCUGCCUCAUCCUCCCCCCUUCCUCCUCCUCCACCUCCUCCUCAUCCCAUGAUCCCCCUCUCCCUCUCCCUCUCCCCUCCACUAUUUCUACUCUUCCCCUCCUCCCCCACUUCCACCAAGAAGAAGACUUGCUCUUUUACUUGCACCUCCAGCAGCAGCAGCAGCAGCAGCAGCAUCUACUAGACGUCCGACACCAACAGAAGUUCGACAAAAUGGUGCGCAAGCGCCCCGCCUCCGAGCUCGACCUCCAGCCCGACUCCCCCUCUUACCCCAACCCCGCUCGCCUCACGCGCCGCGCCAACAUCCACUCCUCCUCCUCCGCCGCCUCUUCGGCGGCUAUGCCCGCAGCGUUUAUCGGCGACCUCCAGGGUCACUCUCCUCUGAUGUUCGACCCGAGUCCCGCACCCAACGCUCCCCCCAUUCUCUUAUCCGGCGCUGGCACGAACCCUGCUCCGGCUACUACUCUCUUGCAGUCGCUGCCGCCUCAGCUGCCGGCUCCGCCGGCAGUGUGCGGGUUUUCCGGGCUGCCGUUGUUCCCCUCCGAGAUGGAACGAGGGGGCGGGGGCAGCGCGAGCAUGGACGUGCUGCAGGGCAUGAGUUCUUCCGCCGUUGGCGGGGUCUCCGACGAGGGGACUGUCGGCGGCACCGUCGCGGCCACGGCGUGGAUAGAUGCGAUCAUCCGGGAUUUGAUCAGCAGCGCCACGCCGGAGGUGUCCAUCCCCCAGCUCAUCCACAACGUUCGGGAGAUUAUUCAUCCGUGUAACCCCAGCCUCGCCGCCGUGCUCGAGUACCGCCUCCGGUCCCUGACGUCAGAUCCGCCUGCCUUGCCGCCGCUUCCAAGGGCCGGAGCGCUAGAGCCCUCGGAGAAGAGGCGGCGGCCGGCUCCGGCGUUGCCUGAGCUACCGCCUCCGCCUAAGAGGGUCGACCCUUCGCCGUCCUUCCCAUCCUCCACCGCCGGAGCGUCCAGCCAGCAGCUUCCCAGCUGGGAAGAAGCCAAUCCAAAUCCCAAUCUCAGCUAUCCCCGGCUCCCCAAUCCCCAGCCCCAGCAACCCCAGCCGCAGCGGAGCUCGGCCUCCGCCUCGUCGGACGAGGCCACUGCGGCGGCGGCGGCGGCGGCAGCGAAGGAGAGAAAAGAGGAAAUCCGCCAGCAGAAGCGCGACGAGGAAGGGCUCCACCUUCUCUCCCUCCUCCUCCAGUGCGCCGAGGCGGUGGCCGGCGACAACCUGGAUGAUGCGAACCGUUUGUUACUCGAGAUCUCGGAGCUCUCCACACCCUUCGGGACCUCGGCGCAGCGCGUGGCCGCCUACUUCUCCGAGGCCAUGUCGGCCCGCAUCGUGAGCUCCUGCCUUGGCCUCUACGGGCCGCUCUCCUCCGUCCCCCACCGGGCCCGCCUCGCCUCCGCGUUCCAGCUGUUCAAUGGCAUCAGCCCCUUCGUCAAGUUCUCCCACUUCACCGCCAACCAGGCCAUCCAGGAGGCGUUCGAGCGCGAGGAUCGCGUCCACAUCAUCGACCUCGACAUCAUGCAAGGCCUCCAAUGGCCGGGCCUCUUCCAUAUCCUCGCGUCCCGUCCCGGCGGCCCACCCCGGGUCCGGCUGACGGGGCUCGGGUCCUCCAUGGAGGCGUUGGAGGCGACGGGGAAGAGGCUGUCGGACUUCGCGCAAACACUUGGUCUGCACUUUGAGUUCUGCCCAGUGGCGGAGAAGGUGGGGAAUUUGGACCCGGACCGGCUCGGGGUGAACCGGCGGGAGGCGCUGGCCGUUCACUGGCUCCACCACUCGCUCUACGACGUCACGGGUUCUGACACCAAUACGCUGUGGCUCCUCCAGCGGCUGGCGCCGAAGGUGGUGACCAUAGUGGAGCAAGACCUAAGCCAAGCGGGCUCGUUCCUCGGCCGGUUCGUCGAAGCCAUCCACUACUACUCAGCCCUCUUCGACUCCCUGGGCGCCAGCUACGGCGAGGACAGCCCGGAACGGCAUAUCGUCGAGCAGCAGCUCCUCUCUCGCGAAAUCCGCAACGUGCUUGCCGUCGGCGGGCCGGCGCGGACCGGCGAGGUCAAGUUCGGCAACUGGCGAGAGAAGCUCAGCCAAUCCGGGUUCCGCGGCAUCUCCCUCGCCGGCAACGCCGCCGCCCAGGCCACCCUCCUCCUGGGCAUGUUCCCCUCCGACGGCUACACUCUUAUCGAAGAGAGUGGCGCUCUCAAGCUCGGCUGGAAGGACAUCUGCCUCCUCACCGCCUCGGCCUGGCGGCCCAUUCACUCACCGUCCGCCACCGGCACCACCACCGCUCCUCUCUGCACCUCUCGGUAGUGAGCUACUAGUUAAGCUCAAAUGAAUCUAUUUUUCACCUAGUCGCUUGCCCAUUUGGGCUUCCAAUAGCUAGCAAGCAGUCGGCCGACCACCUGUUUCUUUGUGUACAUGAGACUGAUGUUUUGCCAAAUGAGAAAAUAGUGGUCUUUGCUUUGAGUACCUCAAACGAGGUGGAGGGCGGCACUGCUUUUUAUCUCGUAGGGUUUUAUUUCCAACGAGGGGUCGUUUUCCUCCCCCGCACCGCUCUUUUGUUUUUUACCCCAAGGUGGAGCGAAGGGAAAUGAAUGAGUUGGCCAUUUGUUUGA